GCCCAGAUCCAUUUUCUUCUCUAUAAAGAAUAGAUCAAUAUCAGAAAAAGAAAAAUCCAAUUUCUUCUUUUUCUGAGUUUCUAUUUUUCUUUUUGAAAAGGCAAAUGCCUUUCUAUUGAUUCUGUCGCUAAAUAUCUUUUCUCAUCUCCUUAACAACCAUAUAUUAAUUCAAACAAACACAUAACUCCAAAUAUCACACACCCAACUUAUCCUACAAACUACUAUAGCGUAAAAUUUCCAUUCCCCUUACUAUUUAUCUCCACACUCCCACCAAUCUCCUCUCCCAUCUCCCAAAAUGCUGAAGCUCAAAAUCCCGGAUCACCAAGUUGCCGGUCACCAAGCCAAAACCGGAAUCAUCGGCCCUCUCAUAGAUGAUUCCGGAAAAUUCUACAAACCACUCCAAGACGACGGAAGAGGCUCCCACGAACUCGCUUUCUACACCUCCCUCUAUUCCGAUCCACGCAUCCCCUCCAACAUUCUCAACCUCUUCCCUAAUUUCCACGGUACUCAAGUCGUCGAAGCCUCCGAUGGCUCCGGUCUUCACCCCCACCUCGUCAUGGAAGAUAUCGCCGGAAACUUCACCAACCCCGCCGUGGUAGACUUCAAGAUCGGUUCUCGAACCUGGCAUCCACAAUCCUCCGAAGAUUACAUCCGCAAAUGUCUCAAAAAAGAUCGUGAAUCUUCCUCUAUCAAAUUAGGGUUCAGAAUCUCCGGUUUGAGAUCUGUAUCUCCGAGUAAUCAAUGCUGGCAGCCUCAGAGAAAGUUUCUCAUGGAUCUAUCUGCUGAGGAUGUGAUAUUGAUGAUGAAGAAAUUUGUUUCUUCCGACGGUAAUGCUGAUGAGCCUGACUGUGUUUUUGCUUCUAGGGUUUAUGUUCCGGUUUUGGAGGAACUGUUGGUGCUUAAGAAAUGGUUUGAAGUUCAAACUAUUUUUCAUUUUUAUUCAUGCUCUGUUCUUGUGGUUUAUGAGAAAGAUGAAAAAGAUGAGAAGAGAACUGCACGUGCUGUUGUUAAGCUGGUUGAUUUUGCUCAUGUGGUUGAUGCUAAAGGUGCUAUUGAUCAUAAUUUCUUAGGGGGUCUUUGUUCUUUGAUUAAGUUUGUUAAAGAUGUUUUGGCUGGGUUAGGUGAUUUUGAAAUCUCAAACUCUAAACCUUAAACAGAAGUGUAAAAUUCCGUUGAUUUGGAUCAUGUUGUAAUCGACUCUAAUUUGAUGUGGAUGACUUAAUCAGAGGUUUGGUCAUGCUCUUUGAUUAAUAUGAUGACUGAUUCUAUAUUCAAAUGACGCGUUAGUUUCAA